AUGAACCUUGACAAUAUACACUCCGCUUCUGCUGCCAUGAGCCAUUUGGACGGCGAAUCGCCAAUCCCACCGGGCCUUUCGUUUGAAGAAUCAUUGCGGCAGAUGCGAGAACGCCGCCACACGUUUUUGCAGAGACAAUACUCGGUGGGCCGCCUCAGUGACACGAGUGACAGUAGCGUGCCGCUCGUAUCGGAAGGCUCGUCACCCCUCGACGAAGAAUCGGAACGGCAGUACUGGAAACGCCUCAGCGAUCGACGACGAGACUCGUCCAAUCACAAACCACUUCCGACAGUAUUGGAUCAUCAUCAUCAUCAUAACGCCGUCACGGAGUUUGUAGAGGAAAAGCUCGGUCUCAAGGGAUUCAUGGACUUGAAUAACGCCAGUUUUGGCAGUCAACAUGGGUUGUGGGGUAACGGUAGUCAUCACGGGAACCGCCGCACCGUCCAAUUUGGUCAAUUUUCCGAUCAAGCGAAACAAUUGCAUUACACACCGCAAGAUUUGCAUCAGCUCAUUGAAGGCAAGGAAUUUUCUCGACUCCAGAGAUCCCUGCGAAACAAGGGCGCCGUCACCAAUGAAGUCCUGCGGCAGUGCCUUCCACUCGUCGUACGACAGAGCAAACUCAAUCAAGAACGAAAACGACGAGAAUCGAAAAAUCCGGCAUUACUUCGACAAGGGACUGUGUAA